GACUUUUACUCUUUGAUUCCUUUUACAGAUGUCAAAAAAAUAUGGAUCAGUAUUCACUGUGUAUUUUGGGCCUAAGAAAGUUGUUGUCUUAGCUGGAUAUCAAACCGUCAAACAAGCACUUGUAAAUAAUUCAGAGGAUUUCGGAAACAGAGAUAUCAGUCCCAUUUUCUUUGACAUCAGCAAAGGACAUGGAAUUCUGUUUAGCAAUGGUGAAAGCUGGAAAGAAAUGAGACGAUUUUCUCUCACCACUCUUCGAGACUUUGGGAUGGGCAAAAGAGGGAGCGAGGAGAAAAUCAUAGAAGAAACACACUAUUUGAGGGAAAUGUUGAAAGAUUUACAGGGGAAACCAUUUGAUACUUCACAGCCAUUAAAUUAUGCCACCUCAAACGUCAUCUCUGCCAUUGUCUAUGGAAGCAGGUUUCAAUACAGUGACCCUCAGUUCAAAGAAAUGGUUAAGCGGGUAAACGAUAACAUCAAGCUUGGUGGCUCACCUUCUAUACAGAUCUAUAAUAUGUUUCCAUGGCUUGGAGGUUGGCUAAAGGAGCGGAAACGUAUGAUGAUAAAGUUUGAUCGAAAUCUAAAACAAAUAAAGGAUCUGGUCAUGAACUUGGAGGAGACUCUAAAUCUUGAGGAAACCAGAGGCUUGGUUGACUCUUUUCUUAUACGCAAAAAGAAUUCUGAGAAAGCUGGAGAUAAAGACACCUUCUUUCAUGAAGAGAAUCUCAUUCUAACUGUCUCCAACCUGUUUGCUGCUGGUACUGAUACCACUAGCACAACACUACGCUGGUGCCUUCUGCUUAUGGCCAAGUAUCCUCAGAUUCAGGACCAUGUCCAGGAAGAGAUUGAUAGAGUCCUUGAAGGUCGUCAGCCAGUGGUGGAGGACAAAAAGAAUUUGCCUUACACAGAUGCAGUGAUCCAUGAAACUCAGAGACUAGCAAGCAUAUUACCCAUGAGUAUCCCCCACACCACUUCUUGUGAUGUUACAUUCCAGGGCUUCUUCAUCAAGAAGGGUACCUGUGUGCUUCCUCUUCUGACAUCUGUGUUGAAAGAUGAGACUCAAUGGGAGAGCCCACAGACCUUUAACCCGGCACAUUUCCUAGAUGAGCAAGGCCGAUUUGUUAAGAAUGAUGCCUUCAUGCCUUUUUCUGCAGGUUCUUGUCUGAUUUCAGGACGCAGGGUGUGUUUGGGAGAGAGUCUGGCCAGGAUGGAACUCUUUCUCUUCUUCACCUCCUUACUGCAGCACUUCCGCUUCACUCCUCCACCAGGGGUGUCUGAAGAUCAGCUGGACCUCACUCCAGCUGUGGGCUUUACAUUAAACCCCUCUCCCCACAAGUUGUGUGCAGUUAGCCGUGCAUUGCAUGAGUGAAUAAAUAUUCUUAGGACCCAAUAAAGAAUAUUUUUACAUAAUUUA